AUGGUAAGUUCAAGCCAAACUUUGGAAGGAAACGAAGAAACAAAACUAGAAAACAUUUUGCCUGAUUUAAAGCAUGGAUCAGAAGCAAGUGAUCAGCUAGAUUUUUCCCAUACUGGCUCACUGAAGUCAGACGAUACUUGCUUACUAGAAAAUUCACAAUCAGUAUCGUUACCAUCAAUUUCAACACAUUAUGACCCUACAUGGUUACGCAAAGUUCACGCUUAUGUAGCAUCAACACGUGAAGAGGUGUUAGGUGAUGAUGAUUUUAAUCAAAAUUUGAAACAAGCCAUUCAAGCAAUAAAGGCUGGUGUGCAACCUUUGCGUAUUCGUGCUGGAAGAUCGUAUUUUGUGCGAGAUAUCAAUCAACAGAAUAUAGCAGUAUUUAAGCCGAAGGAUGAAGAACCAUUUGCUCCUCAGAAUCCUAAAUGGCCAAAAUAUUUUCAACGAAUGCUUUGUUUCUGUUGCUUUGGAAGGGCUUGUCUUAUACCCAAUAACGGUUACUUAUCAGAAACAGGCGCUUCUCUUGUCGAUGAAAAGUUGCAACUGCACAUUGUGCCGAAGACACGUGUUGUAAAGCUUGCCUCCCCAGCUUUCUACUACAGACGUAGAAGCCGUCGUAUGAGCAAGGAAUUGAAAGGCAAAGAUGGCAGUUAUCAGAUGUACGUGAAUGGCUACGUAAGUGCCUCUCAAAUUGUGCCACAAUGGAGUAAAGAAGGUGCUGCUUGUCCGUUAACAGAAAGUGAAAUGGAACGCUUCAAGUAUUUAUUUCAGAAAUUAUGCGUUCUUGAUUAUAUCAUUCGUAAUACCGAUCGUCACAUGGACAAUUGGUUAAUUAAAUAUGAACCAGGUCAAGUAUUAGAACUUGCUGCAAUCGAUAAUGGUUUGGCAUUUCCGGUAAAACAUCCCGAAACAGCUAGUCGUCUUAGACAAUUUCCCUUUGCUUGGGCUCAACUUUCCUGGGCUAAUCAUGUUUGA